AUGGCCGACGUGCAGUGGCAGAGCCCCACGAGGCGUCAGCUGCUGCCACAGCUGCCCGUCCUCGCCCCGCAGGACGUGCAGGUCCCCGUGUGCCCGCUCUGCAACACGCCGGUGCCCGUGCGGCGCGGGCAGAUGCCCGAUGCCGUCGUGGGGGAGCACAUYGACCGCGACUGCAAGUCCGACCCCGCGCAGCGCAAGCGCAAGAUUUUCACCAACAAGUGUCUGAAGCCGGGCUGCAAGCAGAAGGAGAUGAUGAAGGUGAUCUGUGACCAGUGCCACAAGAACUACUGUCUCAAGCACCGUCAUCCCCUGGACCAUGACUGCAGCGGGGCAGGGCGGCCCCUCUCCAAAGCCGGACACGCUGCAGUUGCGCGAGCCGAGGCGUCCUCUUCCCAGGCAGCCCCUGCGUCGGGCAGCGGAGCUUCGCGGCCGGCGGAGAGCCCCUCUGCUCCGGCCCCUGCCAGAGGAGGCAGAGCGGCCGGCCCGCAGACACGCAGCACCUCCCCRCCCGCGGCCAUGCUCCAGAACGGGCUGAGCGAGGAGGAGGCGCUGCAGCGAGCUCUGGAGAUGUCCCUGGCAGACUCGGCGCUCGGCUCUGCGCAGCCGCCCAGCACGCAGGAGGAGGAGGAUCUGGCCCUGGCGCAGGCGCUGUCAGCGAGCGAAGCCGAGUACCAGCAGCUGCAGCGGCAGGCGCACGGCUCAAAGCCAUCAAACUGCAGCAUGUCCUAGGCCUGCAGGGCCGGGAGUGCCAGCGGAUGUGGGAGCCUGUUUGGGAUCCAAGGAACGGCCGGGACCUCCCAGCUGGAUGCUGUGGGGUUCUGGCCUGGACAGUGAUAACAAGAGCAUUUCGCCAGGGACAGACCGUCUCCCUGGGGGCUGUAAGCAAAUGACCAAACACACCCUGACAGUGCAGCUCUGUAGCAAUCGGUGCAGGAGGAGACUGUGUGUGCCCAGGCGCAGCACAGCCAGCCCGGAGGGGAGCAGCUCCAUGGGACCACCUCUGUGUGCUUGGACGUGCAGCUGGGACAUGGCUGCAGCCUGGAUUUCAUGCUCCAGGGAGGGAGCAGCCCCCGUCCCAGCAGGCUGCACACGCUGCUGGAAGGUCCCUCGCCACAGGCCUGGUGCAGCUGCAUGUGCCCUGCCCUGCUGCCRCGUCCGCGGUGCCUCC